AUGUCAGAUUCGUUAUUCGAUGUCUUUGGCGAGACACCUGCCGAAGAUCUAAUACCUCCAGAGGAGCUUGCAACACUUCACGAUGAAAUUCCAGCUGAAGAUAAGUCUGCUGCAAAACGCUCAAAUGAAGAGAACGAAGCAAGUGAUAAUGAGGAGCGUAGUAAAAAAGUUAAGAAGGGAAUGGCAUUGAUUGAUGAUAAAAAGAAUAAAGAAGUUGUUGUCCCAGUUGUAGCGGAUGCUUUUGAAAAGGAGGCUUCUCGUGAAGUCGAAGCGUCUACUGGGCUUGGUUCAGCUCAAACUGUCCAAUUAGAAAGUGAUGGUAAAGUUAAGUUGAGACAUCAAGUUAGGCAUCAGGUUGCCUUACCACCUAAUUUCGACUACAAACCUAUUGGUGACCACAUCAGAACUAACGAAGCGCGUACUUAUCCUUUCACAUUAGAUCCUUUCCAAGAUACUGCUAUAUCUUGUAUUGAUCGUAGUGAAUCAGUUUUAGUUUCUGCCCAUACCUCUGCUGGUAAGACAGUUGUUGCCGAAUACGCCAUUGCUCAAUCUUUGAGAGAAAAGCAAAGAGUUAUCUAUACAUCUCCAAUCAAAGCUUUGUCAAAUCAAAAGUAUAGAGAACUUUUAGCAGAAUUUGGAGACGUUGGUUUAAUGACCGGUGAUAUUACUAUCAAUCCUGAUGCAGGUUGUUUAGUCAUGACCACUGAAAUUUUAAGAAGCAUGCUUUACAGAGGUAGUGAAGUUAUGAGAGAAGUCGCUUGGGUGAUAUUUGAUGAAGUGCAUUAUAUGAGAGAUAAGGAAAGAGGUGUUGUUUGGGAAGAAACAAUUAUUUUAUUGCCAGAUAAGGUUCAUUAUGUUUUCCUAUCAGCUACUAUUCCUAACGCCAUGGAAUUUGCAGAAUGGAUUUGUAGAAUUCAUUCUCAACCAUGCCAUAUUGUUUAUACAGAUUUCCGUCCAACGCCAUUGCAGCAUUAUCUUUUCCCAGCUCAUGGGGACGGUAUUCACCUAGUUGUGGAUGAAAAGGGUACUUUCAGAGAGGAAAAUUUCCAAAAAGCGAUGGCUUCUAUUAGUAACCAAAACGGUGACGAUGUUCAUACUAUUGGUGGUAGAGGUAAGAAAGGCCAAUCAUAUAAAGGUGGUGCGGCAAAGGGGGAAGCCAAGGGCGAUAUUUACAAAAUUGUUAGAAUGAUUUGGAAAAAGAAGUACAAUCCUGUUAUCGUCUUUUCCUUCAGUAAGCGUGAUUGUGAAGAAUUAGCUUUGAAAAUGUCAAAACUAGACUUUAAUACCGAGGAAGAGAAGGAUGCCCUUACAAAGAUUUUCAAGAACGCAAUUGAACUUCUACCGGAAACGGAUAGAGAAUUGCCCCAAAUCAAGCAUAUUUUGCCCUUGCUUAGAAGAGGUAUCGGUAUCCAUCAUUCAGGUCUUCUACCUAUUUUAAAAGAAGUUAUUGAAAUUCUCUUCCAAGAAGGUUUUUUAAAGGUUCUCUUUGCUACAGAGACAUUCUCUAUUGGGCUAAAUAUGCCUGCUAAAACUGUUGUUUUCACAAGUGUUAGAAAAUGGGAUGGUCAACAGUUCCGUUGGGUCUCCGGUGGUGAAUAUAUUCAAAUGUCUGGUCGUGCUGGUCGUCGUGGUUUAGAUGAUCGUGGUAUUGUUAUUAUGAUGAUUGAUGAGAAGAUGGAACCACAAGUCGCAAAGGGUAUGGUUAAGGGACAAGCUGAUAGAUUGGAUUCUGCAUUCCAUCUAGGGUAUAAUAUGAUUUUGAACUUAAUGCGUGUUGAAGGUAUCUCUCCAGAAUUUAUGUUAGAACAUUCUUUCUUUCAAUUCCAGAAUGCAACAUCUGUUCCAGUUAUGGAGAAGAAAGUUGCUGAACUAUCAAAUGAGUUACAAUCUAUUCAGAUUGAUGAUGAAGCAACCAUUAAAGAAUAUUACGAAAUUCGUAAGACAUUGGAUGGUUACAAUGAGGAUAUCCGUACUAUUAUAACACAUCCUGCAAAUUCAUUGGCAUUUUUACAACCUGGUAGAUUAAUAAAGGUAAAGAUAGAUGGUAAGCAUGAUUACGGAUGGGCUGCUGUGGUUGAUUUCGUUAAAAGAACAAACAAACGUAAUCCCACCGCAGUAUAUUCUGAUCAUGAGUCUUACAUCGUCAAUGUGGUAGUAAACACCAUGUAUGCGGAUUCUCCAAUAAAUUUAUUAAAACCAUUCAAUCCAACCUUCCCGGAGGGAAUCAGACCCGCGGAAGAGGGCGAAAAGACUAUAUCUACAAUCAUUCCUAUAACAUUAUCUUCCAUUCACUCCAUUGGAAAUAUUAGACUAUUUAUGCCAAAUGAUAUUAAGGCAGAAAGCCAACAAACUGCAGUGGGUAAAACGUUAAGAGAAGCUGUCCGCCGUUUCCCAGAUGGUGUACCAGUCGUCGAUCCAGUUAAAAACAUGAAAAUACAAGAUGAUGAUUUCUUGAAGCUUCUAAAGAAGGUUGAAGUAUUGGAAGGAAGGCUAUAUUCCAACCCUUUGACAAAUACUUUAAGAUUAAAAGAACUCUAUGAAAAAUAUACAAAGAAGGUUGCUAUUGAAGCGGAUAUCAAAAACUUGAAGCAUAAGAUUAAUGAGGCACAAGCGGUUGUUCAAUUAGAUGAUUUACGUCGUAGAAAGAGAGUUUUACGUCGUCUGGGAUUCUGUACUCAAUCAGAUAUCAUAGAAUUGAAAGGUCGUGUUGCUUGUGAAAUUUCAUCUGGUGAUGAAUUGUUGUUAACUGAGUUAAUUUUCAACGGUAAUUUCAACGAGCUUUCACCUGCACAAGCUGCUGCUUUACUCUCAUGUUUUGCAUUCCAAGAACGGUGUAAAGAAGCUCCAAGAUUAAAACCUGAACUUGCCGAGCCAUUGAAGGCCAUGAGGGAAGUGGCCGGUAAAAUCGCUAAAAUUAUAAAGGACUCUAAAAUCGAAUUAGUAGAAAAAGAAUAUGUCGAGAGUUUCAGACAUGAACUAAUGGAAGUUGUUUUUGAAUGGUGUAAAGGGGCAUCUUUCACCCAAAUUUGUAAAAUGACUGAUGUCUAUGAAGGCUCUUUGAUUAGAAUGUUCAAGAGAUUAGAAGAAAUGAUCAAGGAACUAAUCGAUGUGUCUAAAACAAUUGGUAAUACGACUUUAAAAGAAAAAAUGGAAGCUGCUCUAAACUUAAUCCAUAGAGAUAUUGUCUCGGCAGGGUCAUUGUAUCUAUAA